CAGGAAGGAAAUAAAGAAGAACUAAUAGCUGAAUAUCUGUGAAUAUAUUUGGGUUAGCUGAAAGAAAAUCGUUCUACUUAAUUGAAAUCCCGUUGAAAAAAUGACAACACCUGAAGUUAAAAUAACGCUGAAGCGCUUCCUGGAUCAGCUGAAUGACAAAAGUCUGGAGCAGUUUCAGUGGAACUUGGGCCUGUAUGAAAGCGAUGGAUUCCAACGCAUCCCGAGGGCCCAGCUGGAGAACGCUACCAGAGAGAAAACUGUGGAUAAACUGGUGCAGUUUUAUGGGAAAGACGCUGCUGUGGAGACAACAGUGGAGAUUCUCAGAAUGAUUAAUCACAACGAUCUUGCAGAUGACUUAGAAGAAGGAAAAAUGACUACCCCUGAUCCAAUUAAAAAAGUGUUGAUUGAGUUCCUGGAUGACCUGGACAACAAAAGUCUGGUGCAGUUUCAGUGGUACUUGGGCCUGUAUGAAAGAGAUGGAUCCCGACCCAUCCCGAGGUCCCAGCUGGAGAACGCUACCAGAGAGGAAACUGUGGAUAAACUGGUGCAGGUUUAUGGGGAAGACGGUGCUGUGGAGACAACAGUGGACAUUUUCUUUAGGAUGAAUCGUAACGAUCUUGCAAUAAAGUUAAUUCAAGCCCAAACAAACAGAAACCGGGUAGAGCAAUCACAUGAACCAGUGCCUGCUGUCUCCACUGCCAGAGAGAACCACAGAGCUGCAGAUUCGAUUUCUUAUGAUCUUUCUUGUCCAAUUUGCCUCUCCAUUUUCACUGAUCCUGUGACGCUGCAGUGUGGCCACAGCUUCUGUAGGAACUGUGUGCUUGACUACCGCAAAAGCACUCAGAAAUGCCCACUUUGUCAAAAAGUUAUACUUGACACUGAACCUCAGACUAAUUUUGCUCUGAAGAAUUUGAGCGAAAACUACAUAAAGGGAAAUCUGGUUAAGCCAUCAGGAGGACAAAAAAAUGACUCAGAGUCAUAUCAGAAAAUCAAAGAGCAGCAUGAAGCUUUUGAAAAAGUCAAACAGUUCUGUGAUUCAUCGAUUGAGCAGAUUAAGACCCAGAGCAGACACACAGAGAAGAUGAUUAAGGACGACUUCGAAACGCUUUGUCUCUUCCUCAAGAGAGAGGAGGAAACCAGAAUAGCGGCAUUAAGAAAAGAAGAGACUCAGAAGAUUCGUAUGAUGCAGUUGAUCACAGAGAUGAGCAGAAACACAUACUCGCUCUCUGACACUAUAAAAAACCUUGAAGAGUGUGGGGCCAACUCGUUCAUACAGAGCUUUAAGGCUGAAUUGGAAAGAACUCGAAAUGUUCUGUCAGAUCCACAGAAUCUUCCAGAAGCACUGAUAAAUGUAUCUGAACAUUUGGACAACCUGAAGUUGACAGUCUCUGAGAAGAUGUUGAGCAUCAUGCAAAACCCUCCUCUGGACCCCAACACUGAAUCCAACACCAAAGAAGAGCAUUUCAACACUGAUGCACCAAACACAUCAAAAUCCGCUUAUUCUGAGGAAUAUGAUGGUUAAGCUUCAAAUGAUUCAUUCUGUUCAUGUUAAGAUUGUCCAUUGUGUAACCAUGUGUGUAUUUGUGCUUAAAAUUCAAUAAAAAUAUUUGAGAGAAGAAAAAA